CGGAAGUGUACCUUCUUCAGCUUACAUGUUUUGCGCCCACGUUUUUUCCCGGUGUGAUCGUGAUCGUGAUAAAACAUGUGAAUGUGAUCAUGUUUGCAUUUAAACAGAUUACCUGCAUUUUUUCAAGUCCAAAACAUGUGGAAUUUGUACAGAUAUACAGAAAACUGUCCACAAAACAGUUUCCGGUAGUGUCCACCUUGAAGCGUUAUGCAAAAUUCGCGGAACCCUCUGCAAUUUUACGAAACCUAAGUACCCAUGACACAAUAUCAUCCAUACAAAUUAAAAAGAGGCCUGUACGCAAGAAAAAAGUCAUAGAAGAAGAAGAACGGAUACCGGGAAUUUAUAAUGUAGUGGCCUACUCAACAGCAGAAGAAUACAAUCUAAACAGUUUACUAACGGGUCUGACUGAACAGGAUUUGUACGAACCCAGGACUAUAGAAAAUAACGUGGAUGUUGUACAUGCUGUCGCAAAGUACAGGGUAGGGAAGGAACCCAGAGAAAUAUUUUUUUUCAGAGAAGGUAGUGUAGUACUAUGGAACAUAACAGACCUAGAAAGUAGUAAUAUUCUUACCUUUCUUAGGCAAUUUGAAGAGGACAGUUAUUCAGAAAGGCUUGUUCAGAAUGAAAGUGAAGUUAUGAAUUACAAAUAUCACACAGAUGAAAUGGAGAGUAGUUGCUUAGAUAAAGAUGGAAACUUUGCACUUGCUCUUAACAAAGACUUGACAUUGGAUAAGUAUACAUUUUCAAAUGCUAUGAUGUUGUCAGUUAAACUAGGAAUAUGGGAAGCUUCUUUAGAAAAAUAUAUUGAUGAGAUAGAGUUUGUAACUGAUGAUUUGAAAAGAGGCAAUAAGAUAAAAAUGACAAGGCAGGAAGUCCUUAGGAAACAUGGUGAACUUUUUGCUUUGAGGCACUACUUGAAUCUGAGCUCAGAUGUUCUGGAUACACCAGACUUUUACUGGGAGAAAGAAGAGCUUGGAGUGUUGUAUGGACAAGUUUGCUCAUAUUUCUCCAUUGGAAAGAGAACUAAGGUGAUGAACGAGAAAAUCAAUCACUGUGUAGCUCUGAUAGAACUUCUCUCCGACCAUCUAAGUGACAAGCAUCACAUUAGACUUGAAUGGAUGAUAAUAGUUCUUAUCAUGGUAGAAGUGUUCUUUGAACUGUUACAUUACAUAGACAAAUAUGCGAGCAGCGAUGUUUUAGAUCAUGAGAACGAAUUGAAACACUCGACGUGAACAACGUCGAUAUCGAAUAAUUAUAUACUGUGGGUGAUAAUUAUUAUUUGUACAGGAUUUUUAUUUACGAGUAUGCCAAAAAUACAAAUGUAGUUCUAUUAGUUAAGGACUUUGUUUUUUUAUACUUAAAUAAACAGUAGCAGGUGU